AUGAUGAAAAAUUGGAUGAUGAAAAGUUAAGAUAAUAACACUUCAUUAUAACAUCUAAAAUUAGAGUAAACAGAGAGGUAUUCAAGUUAUUCUGAAAGUUUUAAAUUAAAAGAAAAUAUGGAUUUAGGAUUGGAAAAAGUUCCAACAACAAUUGAGGUUUUUGAUCUGAUGGGUUAUUCAAUUAGUAAUCUAUAAAAGUUCUAUAUGGAACCAUGCCACAUAUUUUAAAGCAAUUAAGAAAUAGAACAUUGGAUAAGGUUUAUGCGCAGAAGAGAGAUAAAGUAGACCUAUAUUGUAAAGUGUUAAGGCUUGAAUAGGAAGAAAAUAAAUUUCAAGAAUUGGAUGGUGAGGUAGAGAACUAAAUUUAAGAUGAUAUAAGAUAUGAAGAGAUACUAAUCAGUACUCGAAUACAGAUUUGAAUGGAAAGAAGACCAAAGCAACUUUUUUAUUUAGUAAGAUCACUAAAACUAGAGAACCCACUUUGGACUAGGGAAUGAAGAAAGAGAGCCGAAAGGUAUAUUGAUCUUUUAAAAUUGUAAGGCUUUAAAAAAGUAUGA